UUUACUACUAUCUCCCCAUAAAGUCUCCAUCGCAAAACAAGGCUUAUAUCUCUCACACCCACAUGCUAACAAUCUUCAAAAAACCUUCUUUGCAUUUAGAUUUUCUUUCUGGUGACAGAUGUGAUUCUUGAUACCAAAUGGUUCAACUUCUAUACAGCUCCAAUCUUGGUGGCUUUUCUCUCCACUUUCCCUAGAAAAUACGUUUUAGAUUUUCUUUCUGGUGACAGAUGGGAUUCUUGAUACCAAAUGGUUCAACUUCGAUCCUAAAACUCCAAUCUUGGUGACUUUUCUCUCACUUUCCCAAGAAAAUAUGGACUGGGUUUCCUCUGAAAUCAAAGUUCAGACCUUGCUCUCCCCAUCACAACAACCAUAUUUUCUCUCUCCACCUCCUCCCUCACCACCAUCCUCCUCCAAUCUUCAUUCCAGUGAUUUCAGCUUGAACAAGGUAAGCCCAAGUGUACUUCUCAUCAUCAUAAUCCUUGCAAUCAUUUUCUUCAUUUCUAGUUUGCUUCACCUCCUUGUUAGAUUCCUAUUGAGACCUUCAAACAGAGAGCCUUAUGAUGAUUUGGACAAUGUCACUGCCCUUCAAGGUCAGUUACAACAGCUUUUCCAUCUCCAUGACUCUGGUGUUGAUCAGACCUUCAUAGACACCUUGCCUAUUUUCAACUACAAAGCCAUUAUAGGUGUGAAAAAGAAUCCUUUUGAUUGUGCUGUUUGUUUGUGUGAGUUUGAGCCUGAAGACAAGCUCAGAUUGUUGCCAAAAUGUAGCCAUGCUUUCCACAUGGAGUGUAUAGAUACAUGGCUCUUGUCUCAUUCCACUUGCCCUCUCUGCAGAGCUAGUCUUCUUCCUGAUUUCUCAACGCACACCAACUGUUCGCCUAUAGUCCUUGUUCUUGAAUCUGGCAGUGACAGUUCAAGAGAGAUUGUCUCAGAGAGAGAUGGUGUCUUGGGCACCACUAAUUCAUUGGCUAGAGCAAAUUCCCAACUGGGUUUUCAUUUUAGGGAUGAAUUAGGCUCAGCUCGGAUCGAAAUUUCGCGUGAAAGUCAGGCGAAAGAUGAAGCGAAUCAAGAACAGAAAGUGGGUUCAGAGGAGAAAGUUGUGACUGUCAAGCUUGGGAAGUUUAGGAAUGUGGAUGGUGGAGGUGGAGGAGAAGGUAGUACUGACAACAAUGUUGAUGCAAGAAGGUGUUUCUCAAUGGGGUCUUUUGCAUAUGUAAUGGAUGAGAGUUCAUCAUUGCAAGUACCCAUUAGGACACCAAUGAAGAAACAAUCAAGUAAGAAGCCUUCUCUGCCAUUGAAACCUGGUCAUAGGCCAGUGAUGUCUGAAUGUGAUUGUGAUUCAAGAAGAGAGUUCAAUGGUUUUGAACCAUUUAGCAGUGUUGAUAACCAUGAAAUUGAAAAUAUUAGUAAUGGGAAUGGGAAUGGGAAUGCUAUUGGGAGGAGCAAGAGAGAGAGCUUCUCAAUAUCAAAGAUUUGGCUAAGGGGAAAGAAGGAGAAGAGUAAUACAUCUUCUUCCAUGGAGUCGUCGAGACGGGCUUUUUCAUUCCGGUUUCCGGUGCGCCGAAAUGGUGUUGAUGGGGGUGAAUUGAAGCCCAAGAAUGGUGGGACUAGGAGGACUAUCUCUGAGAUUGAUAUUGGGAGGUGGGAAAAUGGACUAGAGAAAAUGGAGGUGGGAAAAUGGAGGUGGGAAAGUGGAGGAGGGAGUGAAUUGGGGUGUGAUGAAGAAAAUCAGAGCUGUAACAGUUUGGAUUCAACAGCAAAUCCACCAUCUUUUGCAAGGAGGACUCUGCUUUGGCUUGUGGGAAGACAAAACAAGGUGGUUCACUCAUCUUUCUCGUCCAAUGUUUAACUUGUUUGUUUUCUUCCAUUUUCUUUUUUGUUUUAGGUUCUAGAUACUUUUUCUCUUUGAUUCCUUUCUUCGGGAAGGCAAAAUUGGGAGUUGGCGAUAGAAAGAUGAAGGAAAAGAAAGAAAAAGAAAGAAAGAUUGGAACUAUGAAUUGAUCUCAACACAAAAUGUUAUGCAGUGCACUAUUCCAGCAA